UGGCUCUAAUCUUGACCAAUUAAGCCCACGAUAAGUUUUUCACUCUGAGAGCUCAACAGUUCAGCGCAGUCAUGGCUGUCCACUGGGGCGGAGUCGCAGGGAUGGUCUUCUUCUACUUGGUCAUCCUCGCUGUGGGCCUGUGGGCCUCGAAGAAAACAAGGGGCGGUGGCGACACCGAACGUGUGAUGGUGGGAAACCGGGACUUCGGCUGGUUUGUGGGCCUGUUUACGCUGAUUGCCACUUGGGUGGGAGGAGGUUACAUCAAUGGCACAGCCGAAGUAGUUUUCACCCCAGGGUGGGGUCUUGUUUGGGCCCAGGCACCGUGGGGGUACAGCCUUAGUUUCAUAGUAAAUGGGAUUUUCUUUGCUAAGCCGAUGAGGGCAGCAAAUUACAUCACAAUGAUCGACCCAUUUCAAGAGAAGUUCGGUAAUCGAAUGGGAGGGAUCAUCUUUUUAUCUGCCAUUACAGGGGAACUUCUUUGGUGUGCCGCCAUCUUAGCUGCUUUAGGAUCAACGAUCAGUGUUAUCCUGGAGCUAGAUCAGAACCUAUCCGUUAUCAUCUCAGCGUGUAUCGCAGCUUCUUACACACUCUUUGGUGGGCUUUUCUCUGUGGCUUAUACCGAUAUAAUUCAACUAGCUUGUAUUUUUAUUGGUUUGUGGUUCUGUGUACCAUUUGCACUCACAAAUGAAGCAGUGGCGCCCCUGCCUGAGACUUCAGACAAGUGGAUCGGCGAGUGGGACAACAAAUUCAUAGGGCAAUGGUUCGACAGCUGUUUCCUCCUUAUCUUUGGAGGGGUUCCCUGGCAGGCCUAUUACCAGAGGGCUCUAUCGGCAAAGACCCCAGACCUUGCCCAAAAUCUCUCAAUCGUUGCUGCAUUUGGAUGCCUUGUCCUCAGUAUACCUGCAUAUGUUCUGGGGGCUGUUGGAGCCAGCACGGACUGGAAUAUGACGAACAUACCUCUGAACAGAACCGAUCCAUACGAAAAUCCAGGGAUCGUUCUCCCGGCCGUUAUCCAGUACCUCACCCCUCCUGUGGUCGCCUUCCUCGGACUAGGGGCGAUCUCCGCCGCGGUGAUGUCGUCCACCGAUUCGUCCGUGCUCGCCUCCAGCUCCAUGUUUGUGAGAAACGUCUACAAGAAUAUCAUCAGACCAAGGGCCUCAGAGCGAGAAAUGAUGUGGGCCCUACGUGCCUCCGUGAUCGUCGUUGCAACCAUUGCCACCGUCAUGGCCUUGACGGUAAAGUCCAUCUACAUCCUCUUCGUCCUGUGCUCUGAUUUCGUCUACGUCGUGCUCUUCCCGCAGUUCGUGUGUGUUAUACACGUCCAGAAAUCCAACACCUACGGUUCGGCCCUUGGCUUCGCACUCGGACUUCUUCUGCGGCUACUUGGUGGAGAACCCGCGCUCAGUCUACCAUACAUCAUCCACUACCCUUAUUUCGACGAGAAGCUCGGGCAGCUUUUCCCUUUUCGCACCUUAGCCUGUAUGGUAUCGUUUGUCGUCAUCGUCGUCGUCUCGUACACCACAGACUUCCUAUUCACACGAGGCCACAUUCCCCCUCGUUACGAUGUCUUCAGAUGCGUAGUCAAUAAGGACUACAAGGAGUAUGUCCGACCCGAUGAAGAGGUCAAUAGUCACGGGGUACAAGCUUUCGAGAUCAUUGAUCGUAAAGACACUUAAGCAUUGAUUUGUAAUUAAUAUGGCCAAUUCUUGUUAUUUCAGGUGAAACCAGGAAACAAUAGCAGCAAGGGUAAUGAUAAAAAAAAUCUGAAUAGGUAAGGUAUAACUAAAUAUAAUGACAAAAGUUUUAACAAUCUUGAUUGAUCUACGAAAACCUCGAUGUGUUUCCCUACUUCCUGCGCUGUAAAUUGUACGUAGGCCUUUUGCAUUAAAACUUACCCAAUUUUGAAUAAUUCACACUCAUUAUUAUCGUUUGUUUGUGCUUCAGUAUUCAUAUUCCCCUUUUCACAGAGAGGUUUUAAAUCCAUCUACCGGUCACACAGGGGGAACUGACUCCAGACCGAUUUAAGCUAUAUUACUACAAUGUUCGAUUUGGAUCCUUUUUUUGGUGUGGCUGUAAUCUGUAGCAUAUGGAAAUAACCGUGUCCAUCUGGAUUGCUGGCUGAAUAUUUCCUUUACGUGCCAUGUUUAUACUCUAUAUCUAUUAUUUGUUUAGAAUGUUAUGUCUUUUUGCUAUCUUUACCAUAUUCACCCCCCUAAAAAAAUCAAUGAAAACAGUAAUUACCCACAUGGGAGUCGCAGUCAAGUUGUUCUGACUCUUGUCUCUCAAUCAGAGGGUCGAGGGUUCGAAUCCCAACCAUGGUGUGUUUGUUUACCCCCCCCCCCACUUUGUGCUGCACUCAUCCCAGAUGGGGUGAGGGUACCUGACAGGACUAAUAAAUUGAAUGCAUCGAACGGUGGAAGGCAGUUCGCGCUAUUAAAGCACGGGGUAUACAUCUCGAAAUAGAUAGAUAUAUGACGCUGUAUAAAAAUUUUACGGUGAAUAAGUUAAAGGAGAA